GUAGAUGGAACUAGUUCUACUCUGACAACGGCACCGAUUUGUUGGAAAAGUGAAAACUUGUUCAAAUACAAAACUAUUGGAAGCCUAUACUUUCUGUAAACGUUUUUGAAAUAUGAAGUCAAAAUUUUUUGAUAGCAUUGGUGCACGUAUGGAUUCCUGUGGGACAACUUUUAUCAAAUAUUUGCUUUUUGUUUUCAACUUAAUAUUUGCGGUAUCAGGAUUCAUACUUCUUAUCGCCGGCAUAAUUGUUCUUCUUGAUGUCAAUGACUACCAACAUUUUAUCGAGGACAAACUUCUCGCUCCGCCAAUUGUCCUGAUCGUUGUCGGAGCUUUCGUCUUCCUUGUGGCCUCGUUGGGAUGUUAUGGCGCUAUAAAAAAAUCAUCGAAAUUACUGAAUGCCUUCGCGGUGUUUCUGAUUAUCGUGCUUUUGAUCGAAAUAGCUGUUGGUAUUUCGGCCGUGGCAUUUAAAUCAGAUUUGGAGAAUGCUCUUGAAAGGCAACUGGAAAAAUCAAUAAUGAGACACAACAAUGCUGAUAUGGUGGCAUGGAAUAGUGUUCAUAAAAGGAUGAUGUGUUGCGGAAUAGAAGGUCCCAAGGAUUGGUACGACUACAAUAAUCGAACAAUGCCACCAAGUUGCUGCAAACCUGACUUAAUUGAUUUUGAAUCGAAUGACUGUAAAAAUGCCCCACCAUUGUUCAUGGAUCGCUAUUAUCAGGAAGGAUGUUUGAUGAAGCUAAAAGAGCUUUUUGAUAGAAACGCUGUCGUUUUGAUAACGAUUGGAUUUGCGAUCGCUGCUGUUCAACUUCUUGGAGUGUUUUUUGCAUGUUGGUUGUCGGUUGCUAUUAAAAAAGAGAGGAACUAGAAUAAUAUAUACAAAGUGAACCAAAAAUCUUAAAUAGAUUCUCUACAAUUGGUUUCAGAAUCUGAUUUAAAAUGUUUACUCCAAAGAUUUGGAAAAAACUCCUUCUGUUCAAAAAUCUUUCAGUUAUAUGCUAAACUGUUAGAAAUAUUCAUGCCCUCCAAACCCAACUAAAUGGAUCAACGCUUCUUUCGAAAAAAAAAACACGCUAAUUGUCCGAAAAAAAAUAAAUAAAUAUAUAUAUACCCGGUAAACUUCGUCUUACCAUGUUAAACUUGGCGUCCAUUUUCCAUUUUUUUUUCGCUGAUUAAUUUUAAAAAUCAUUAAAUAUUGAGUUGUUAAUCAUUUCGCAUUUGUGAACUUGUCCUAGUCUUUUUCU